GACAGGAUUUUGCCACGUUAUCCAGACUGGUCUGCAACUCCUGAACUCAAAGGAUCCACUCACUUCAGCCACUCCACAGUGCUGGGAUUACAAGAGUGAGCCAUCAAACCUGGCCUUGUUAUUGAAUCUUGAUUCCAGUGAUUUGUAUUCCUCCUUGAAUGUGAAGUAUAUAACCUCAUUUACUGGCUCCCUGCAGGAGGCAUCCUACUUGAUUGACAUUGGUCUUGACCAGGGAACUUGCUGGGGCCAGGGGACUGUGUGGCUGAGACACAGGUGAGUCUGAACAGAAGCUUUUAAGAGCCAGUGCACAAGGUGGUUAACUGCUUUCUUUUCCCUCUGCCACAAGAAGCACAAGACCAAGAAGGGACUGCUUCUACAGCCUGGAUUCUGGGAUAAAGUUGCAGAGCUGCAAUUGGCUGGUAGCUGCCAUCACUGACAGUCAACAUAAGCAAAAUAAACUUUUCGUGGUUGAAAACUACUGAAGUUAUUCUCCAAAGUUUUGAUGUUGAAACAUUUCAGAAUAAAGUUGAAGGAGUAGUUCAACUAAAAUCCUCACUUAGAUUCUCUAAUUGUUAACAUUUUGCCAGAUUUGCUAAAUUUGCCUUGUUCCCUCCCUCAAUAUAGAGCUCCCUGUUUUUGCUGAAACAUUUGAGAGUUAUAGGCAUAGUGAUAUUUGGUUCCUAAAUAUUUUAAUAUACAUAUCUUAAGAAUAAGGAUUAUUUACUAUAUGACCAUGACACUAUUAUCAUAUCCAAGAUGUAUGACAUUGAUAUAAUAUUAUUUAGUAUACAGUUCAAGUUUCUCUGUCACAAUAACAUUGUUUGUAAAUUUUUUUUUCCUGAACCAAAAUCCAAGCAAGGAUCAUGCAUUGAUAAUAACUGUAUAUCUCUUUAGUCUCCUUUAGUUUAGGACAGUUUAUUAACUUUUUGGGGGUUUAUCUUUCAUAAAAAUUACAUUUUUGAAGAGUUUAGGUCAGUUGUUUUGUAGAAUAUAUCACUUUUUGGAUAUACCUGAUUUCCUCAUAAUUCUUUAGAUUCAGGUUAAAUAUUUAUGUUAGGAAUACUACAUAGAUUAUACUGUUUAUAUCACAACCAAGAAGCACAAAUAAUGUCAGAUUGUCUCAUUUUGGGUGAUGAUAAGUUUGACCACUUGACGAUGAUAUCCACUAGAUUUCUCCAUUGAAAAGUUUCAUUUAUCCAUUUGUAUUUUGUCAGUAAUUUGUGAGGAUACUUAGAGACUACGUGAAUACAUUGAGCCUCAACAAACUUUCUCUAUUGGUUUUAGCAUCUAUUGACGAUCCCUUCCUAUACCAGCGGUUACAUUGGUAGAUGCAGAAUGGUGAUUUUCCCUAUUCUAUUAUUCCUACGACUUUUAUUAUCUGGCAUUCUUUUGUAUGGAAAAUUCCCUUCACUCUUUCCACAUUCAUUUAUUCUUGAGUAUUAUUAUGGAUUCAUGAAUUUUUAGUAUACAUGUCAUAAUAUUUCAGCAUUAUUCUUUUUGUUAUGCAAACUCUCCCAAAUUUGGACAACGGGAGCCCCUUUGAGCUUGGUCCCCCGUCCUUUUUUAACAUGUUUCUGUUUGUCUGUAUUUUAUAGUUAGUUAUAGGCUUUCUGGCACAGUAAUGAUCCAGGCUUAUCUUAGAUAUUUACUUUUAUAGACUUAAUUCUUUUUAUUUGGCAGAGACAUUGACACAGAGAGACUAAGAUUUGGGGAGCUGAUUGAUAAGGCAAGAGAGGGGAUUCAGAGUAAGAAAAUAUUUGGGGGGGAAUUCUUGGCCAAAGAUUUACCUUGGGUAUGUCUCUCAAGCUCUUAAAACCUGAAUUUCUUUUCCUGGAAAAUGAAGAUUAUUAUGCCAAUUGCUCAGGUAGGUUGUGAAAAUUAAUAAACCCAGCCCUAUGAUUGGCACAUAGUAUUUUUUGGCCAUUGUCAGUAGUGACAACCUUUCAAUUAGGUUAAUUUCUCAUGCUGGUGAACUCCAAUUACCUGCCUCCAAUGGGUUUUAUGAUCAGACUUGCUUGGGUUUAUGAUCAAACGUGCUGAAGUUUAUGUUCACAGGCUUUGCUUAAAUGUGGCUCUAAGAUGUUCCAAGGGCACUAGAGUGUUUCUAGGUAAGGUUAAAUGGGUACAGGCUCUAAAAGGCCGAUGAAACAGACAGCUUUCAUGGGAACGGUAUGCAAAUUUGAGGAAGCAAAAGAUACACCCGCCCUCCAACACUAUAUGUAUAUAUGUACAUUUCGUGGUUUGAAUUAGGAUCUUAAAUGAAAUGUAGCCUGGUAAAAUGUAGACUGGAUGUAAAUCCAAGCUCCGUCACUUACGUUUGCCAUUUUAAAAAGUGAAGAUACUUACACUUUCCUGGCGCCGUGGUUGCAACAUUUGGGCCAAGGAGACGGUCAAUCUACCGUGGCGCGGGGUCAUAUUUGUACCUUAGGCAGCACUUCCACCUGGUGGCGGCGCAUUCCAAUUGCAAGGCAAAGGACAGAGUGGGGGAAAGGCUGAAUUCGACACUCUUAAGCCACAGAAUUAAACUACUGUAAAUGAAAAUAUUUCCAUCCUGUACCUACGGAGUGCUUACUUCAAAUAACACUCACGUCCUGGUAGGACAGUAAAAUUAGACAAUGAGCUGAGGUUUGCCUGCAAGGGCAUUCAUUCAUUCAUUCAUUCAAGAAACACCUGUUGAGCGCUGACUGUGCGCUGCGCUCUGUUCUGGGCGCUUGGGAUACAUCAGUGGACUAGAGACAAAAAUUCUGCCCCGGGAUGCCUUCUCCUAUACAUCCUGUACUAUAUAAACUAAACUAGAAAAUUUGUAAAGAGCUCUUACGAAUUACAACGUCCUCUCCAAAGUCAAGGGGACGUGUUCCGAGGCCUCUGUUACCACAGCUAAGUGGAGAACCGGGGUGCAGACCCACUCCAGCCGAACUAAGAACCUACCAGGCACAAUUGAAAGUUAAGCCACGCGCUAGAAGAUGUCAUCGCUGACAAAAUAGAAGACGCCUUCCCCAUUCCCCGCCCCCACCCCCAAGAAGAAAUCCAUAUAUUCUUUUAGGGAAGCAAGCGCUUCACCCGGGUGGCCGGGAUCGAACCCGCGGAGGGCGGAAGGCGGAGGGCAACGACGCCUGUGGAACUGUUUCUGUUUCCCUGCAUAGCCUACGUGGUGGGUGGCAGGCAGGCCGACCGCCCUGGGGGCCCUGCACCUCUGGGUAGGUGACCGCGCCCAGGUAUCGAGCACAGGUAACGCGUCCCGGGUCUCAGCCACUGAAUCCCCAGCGAGGCCUGACGCCUUCCGGUGGAGGCGAGCAGUCUGAGUGCUGGCUCCGGAACAGAACUGUCUUGCGGAACUCCGAGUGCGCGCUCGGUUUCCGGGGGAGGAGGGCGGAGAAGGACUUGCGCGCGACGGUUCUCACCGCUGCUAUGGAGGCGCUGGCCAUGGGUGCCCGGGCGCUGCGGCUCUGGAGGGUCGCACCCGGUGGCGGGAUCAGCUGGAGAUUUAUAGCAACAUCGCCAGCUUCUCGGCUGUCACCGACAGAAUUGACAGAAAUGCGGAAUGAUUUCUUUAAUAAAGAGAAAGCCAGGCAGUUAUCAUUAACUCCCCGAACUGAGAAGAUAGAAGUUAAGCAUGUUGGGAAAACUGACCCUGGUACUGUCUUCGUGAUGAAUAAAAACAUUUCAACUCCCUACAGUUGUGCCAUGCAUUUAAGUGAGUGGUAUUGCAGGAAGUCCAUUCUGGCUCUGGUGGAUGGACAGCCUUGGGACAUGUAUAAGCCUUUAACAAAGUCCUGUGAAAUUAAAUUUCUGACUUUCAAAGAUCGUGAUCCAGGAGAAGUGAAUAAGGCUUAUUGGCGUUCCUGUGCUAUGAUGAUGGGCUGUGUGAUAGAGAGGGCAUUCAAAGAUGAAUAUGUGGUCAAUUUGGUCAGAGCUCCAGAAGUUCCUGUAAUUUCUGGUGCCUUCUGUUAUGACGUAGUUUUGGAUAGCAAACUUGAUGAGUGGAUGCCAACAAAAGAGAACUUACGUUCCUUCACAAAGGAUGCUCAUGCUUUAAUUUAUAAAGAUCUUCCAUUUGAAACUCUGGAAGUUGAAGCAAAAGUAGCAUUGGAAAUAUUUCAACACAACAAGUACAAAAUAGAUUUCAUAGAAGAGAAGGCAUCUCAGAACUCUGGGAGAAUAAUCAAGCUACACAGAAUAGGUGACUUCAUUGAUGUGAGUGAGGGCCCUCUUAUUCCAAGAACAAGUAUUUGUUUCCAGUAUGAAGUGUCAGCAGUUCACAAUCUUCAACCCACCCAGCCAAGUCUCAUACGAAGAUUCCAGGGUGUGUCUUUACCUGUUCACUUAAGAGCACAUUUUACAAUAUGGGAUAAGCUAUUGGAAAGAUCUUGGAAAAUGGAAAUAUGAUACAAGCAAUGGAGGUUUGCCUACCAACGAAUCUAUCUGAAAAUGUCCCCGUCUACUAUUUAGAGAUUCCUUUGCGGAAAGCACUACCCAGUGGCUUUGGUUUUGACUACAUAAAGGAAGUAUGACUUAAAGAGUCCUCUGUGUUUCAAACUACUUGUCUUAGGCAGAGGGUUGAUUAAAAAAAAGAACAAGACGAAUUUGCUACUUCCUUUUAGAGUCUGAUUUUACUCUCUCAGAUAAAGUGACAUUUCUCCCACAGGUUUCUGAUUUCAGUGUUACUAUAGCAGAACCUAGAAGUUAGAGUAUCAUUCAAGUAUGUGGUCUCCUGCAGUACAAGAGGGGAAUCACCUUUCCUUUCAUUUAAUAAUGAAACCAGCUAGAUAUAAAAAUGUGACUAAGUUCAAAAGAAACGUAUGAAGUAAAAAAUUCCCCAGUGAAUAUAUUUUGACGGGGCAGAAUAUCGUGGUUUGGAAAUUUCCAAACCAAGGAAAUAUAUCAUUCUUACUGAUAGUAUUUUUUUUUAAACUUUACUGUUUUCUGAGAUGAAUUAGUUGAUGAUGAAAAAAUUUGGAUUAAAUGAUGUCACUUCAGGAACUCAAUUCAUUUUACAGAAUUUCAGUCCAUAAAGACUAAAAAUGAGGACUUUUUUUCCCCCUUACAGGGUCCUGGACACAGUAAAUGCUCAAUAAAUACAUAUUAAUAAUCUAGUGUUAGUGCCACCCCAGCCAAUAUAACUCACCCUUUUCUUAAAAGAUGUGUUUAAUUUGUAUUGAAGGUAAAUUGCUGGCAUACUAUUCUACCCAUAAAUUUUAUUCCUGUUCUUUAAAGAUAACAUAUGAGCACAGGUAUUAAAAUAAAUAUAUUUAGUAUACUAAUUAGCUUUUUCCCUCUUUUUAAAUAUACAUAUGAAUUGCCUGAUUAGAGCCCUCAGAAAAGUGACGGUGUUUUUGAUAAUGUGUAAUAUAUAUUAAAAAUUCUAAUAGCUUUUUUUAUUUGUUCAAACUCUAGAUGUAUAUUGAAAUAAAACAUGUCACACAGGUCCCCUUUUGUUCUCAAACACAACCUUAUCAUACAGGCGUGAUGAAUUCCUAACACUGCAGAGAAAUGAGAAGUUUGUCUAAAUAUACUAUAGAACCUUAGGUCAUAUUUAAAACACAAUGAUAGAUGAAAAACAUUAAUGAACAGAAUAAAGGAGAAAAUAUCCCAGAAUAUAUAUAUAUAUAUAUUUUCAAUUUAAAAAUAGUAGACUUUUAAGGACAUUAGAAUGACUAGAAGGUCAUCCAUCAGUGUGGAGUCUAUGUCCACUUCCAGUGUUUUUGACUGGGCUAAGCAACCAACAACAGAAUUGCUGUAUGCCUGAGUGGGAAUUUGUGGUCAUAGACAACAAAGGCCAGUCUAUUAGCCAAGGCAUUGGGCAGAGGGUGCUUUCAUGAGGUAAUAAGAAAUGAAGUAGUUCUUUCUGGAAUCGGUGUGGCCACCAGCUGGUAAAGUGGCAGGGGAAGAAUUAUACACAAUUAUAGGCAUGACAAUAAAUAGUGACAGUGCUAACCAAGUAAGAACGUGACAAGCAUGAUGUUUAAUGUAUAGCAAUGCAAGAGGAAUUUAUAUGAAUUAUACAUUAGAAAUUAGAUUGGGGUCUUUGACUAGGUAGUUCUGCAGAUAUACUUCCAGUCCCCUCACUCCACAAUACUCCUUAUGCCUACCACAUGAAAUAUCCAUUGUCAGUAUAAGUUUUACUGUGUAGCAUAGGUUCCAAGUUAAAUGUUCUUAACCAAUUACUACACACUGUCUAUCAAAAUCAUUCCUUCUCACAGUGGGUAAAAAUCUACCAAGAGGAAGCACUAUGUGUUCUAGAUUAAUGAUAACACCAAGUAUCUUUCAUUAUAUGACAGGCAAUUCUUCCUCUCGUAGUAAGAAUGAAGCUGAAGGUGGCACUUUGGGAAAUUUUUCCUUAAAUUAUGCUUUCCUGAAGGACAAUUUUUUGGGGGGGGGGCUGGAGUGUGAGCAUAAGAUUUAAGAAUAUCUGGCUGGGUGCGGUGGCUCAUGCCUGUAAUCCUAGCAUUUUGGGAGGUCGAGGUGGGCGGAUCAUGAGUUCAGGAGUUCGAGACCAGCCUGACCAACAUGGUAAAACCCCGUCUCUACUAAAAAUACAAAAAAAUUAGCUAGGCGUGGUGGCGUGCGCCUAUAAUCCCAGCUAAUCAGGAGGCUGAGGCAGGAGAAUCACUUGAACCCGGAGGCAGAAGGUUGCAGUGAGCCGAGAUUGUGCCACUGCACUCCAGCCUGGGCAACACAGCGAGACUCUGUCUCCAAAGAAAAAAAAAGAUUUCAGAAUAUCCUUUUAUUCUUACCUUGUUGAUUUGCCAGGAAAGACGUUAUCAAAACUAUAUAUUCAGAGCAUAAUAUGUCCUAAGUUUGUCAUUAAAGUUCUGGUUUUCCUUCAAAAAUUUUUUAUUGUGGUGAAAUAUGUAAUGUAAACAUAAUGUAAGUUUAACAUCUUAGCCAUUUUUAAGUGUACAGUUCAGCUAUAUUAAACACUUAGUCAUAAUGUUCUACAACUAUCAUUAUCAUCCAUCUCCAUAACUCUUUAUCUUGUAAGGAUCUCGUUUUAUGUCUAAAUCAUAGGUUAUAUUCUUCUACAAUUAUAUAUAUUUCUGUAUGCUGCUUAUUCUCAGCACCAACCAUUUAAUAUUUGCAUACCAAAGGAACUGCACACCAUAAAGUUUUCUUUAAAAAAAGUUACAGUGGUCGAAUUUCGUAACCAAAGCGAUUGUGGGAUAGCUCUAAUUUUAUUUAUCCUGAAAUAUGCAAAUAAUUUAAAACUAUUAAUUUGUUGUUACAAAUCAACUGUACAUCUAUUUUUACUGAAGGUCAUCUUAUAUUGAUGUAGCAAUACAAAUUCUAGGUCGAAAGCCAUUUUAGUAGGUGAAAUGGAAUGUAAUUAUGUUGUUGAAAAUUAAAGUGAUUUAGUUUAGGUAACUUCCUCUGCAUAUUUUCCCACUUUAACAUUUAUGUGUACCAAUCAAAAACAUAAUCAUUAAGAUGGAAUAAUGUUGAUUCCUAUUUGGAUCAAUUUGCUAAAAGCAAUUAGCAUAUACUUGUAUAUGUGGAAGCAGUAUCUGGCUUUUCUAUCAGAAUUUAUUCUGGUUCUCUAUAUUCUGCCGCUGCAGUUUUGGUUUAUGUCAUGGAAGUAAGCAGUGAUUAAUGCAAGUAUAUAAAAAUCAGUAUUCUGUGAAACUUUGGACUUGUCAUAAUCUUUAGAAUAACAACGAUUUCUUGGUUACCUUUUGAGGUAGGAUCAAAAGUUGAAAGUGGCUGCCAACUUGAUGCCCCAACGGCCUGCCUCUAUAAAAACUGCAUCUGUCAGAGUGUUUCCCUUCCAUUUUACUUAAGACAGAAUUCCUUACCAUUAGAGCCAUCUCCAUUGGGUGGGAGAGCCAAGGUGACAGGUAAGGUCUCUGGUAGGUUGUUCUUGAAAUGCAGACAGGUUAUCUGGGGAAAGAGGGUUGGGGUUGAAGUUGACACAUCACCUUAGAUGUGUUUAUUAGGUUAGUUCGUCAUCUUUGAAAGCAGAGAUCAAGGGCUGAGGAGAGAGGACCCGGGAUAGGUGGAUUUUAAUGGGAAUAAAGAGUAAUUUAGAGGAAAGAUAAGGAUGUACCCCAAAUAGUUUGGUAGUUCAGUAGUUUUUUAUUUAUAAUUUAAGCUCACACUUUUCAUGUCCAGCAUAAAGUAGCAACAAAUUAAGUAUUUAGACUAUUAUCUGAGUUUUAGUUCUCUGAGUUUCAACCUCUCUACAUGCUAUAAAAUGCCAUAUAAAGUGUUUAAUUUCUCAGAAAUUCUUCAUGAAGACUGGCAGUGUUCUCUGACAAAAAGAAAAUCCAAAUGACUGCCUUUCUAAAGUGUAUUCAUUUGUGUAAAGUUUAUCACAUAUUUUCUGUAGAAUAUGAUUCUGUGUUACAUCUCAAUAACUGACAUUAAAGAUGAGUCAACUUUUCUGCUACCAGGGAAUGAGGUAAAGAGUAUUAUGUUUCCUCUUGACUUCACAUGAGUUCCAUCAUUAACAAGGGAUUGAUGGCGUGACUUACUACUGACUGAGAUGGUGGCCAACUGGCGUCACGUCUUCUGAAGUACACAAACUCAUCUUUAAAGGUAAAAAUGGAUUGUUCUGUAGGAAUAACUUAUAUCCUGAAAUCUUGGUGAAUGAUAAGAUUACCACUUUUCAGAUCAUUAACUUUAGAUAUAAGAAAAAUUCCCUGAGUAAGCCAUUGGUGGGGGAAAAAUUAUAAACUUUUCAUGUCAUGAUAUUUUAUUUACUUCCAUAGAAACUUAACAUCACUUCUUGAUAUUUCUAAUUGAGAGCUCUUUAUUGAAAAAUAGCAACUAUUUCUAAAUUAAGAGCUCCUUAUUGAAAAUAGCAGUUUGCACACACAAUAGGAUAACAUUCUUUUCUGUAUUUUGAGAAUUAAGAAAAUAAAUGUUUUUAAAGAUAUAUGCCAAUAGUGAUAUUUAACACAUAAAGGUGUGAUGUAUUUUUGAAGUGUCUUAGAAGAAAGCCAAUGUGGAUAUUGCAGGGUCACUGUGGAAAUGUGUAUCUGUGGCUGUUUAGUUGUAAAUGCACAAAAGAGAAAGAAUGUCAGCCUUAGAGGAUUAUCCUGCUUUUCCCAAUUUUAGAACAAGGAAGCUUUUACUGAAAUGGCUUUGUGGAACUUACUUACAAGCUAAGAAACCUUCCCAAUAGUUUUAUUAUGGACAGUAAUUAGUGCUUUCACUUUUCUGAUGAAGAUGUGUAAAAAAAAAAACAGGUUAGGAAUUUCCUCUCCCCCACCAGACU